CCUCCACCUCCUCCUCCAUCUCUUCCAAAUGUUCCUCCUUUUCUCUGCAUGCAUUUUCCUCCCCUGCCUUUCCCCUGCUUCGUGAUUCUCGUACUCGCUUCUUCCUGAUAUGGGAUCCUUUCUAUUUCAGUAACGCCCCUUCCUCUCCUAACCCAUUUUAAACCCUUCCCUUCUUUUCCUCUGCUUUAUAACCCCCUCCUCUGCUCCUCCUCUGCUCCUCACAACAACCAUUUACAGAGCUUUUAGCAAACAAAAAUGGCGCCGCCGCCGCCCACCAACUGGCUUUCCUUCUCUCUUUCCCCCAUUGAAAUGCUUCGCUCUACUGACUCUCCGUUUCUUCCUUAUGAGCCACCCUCCACUGCCUCUCCGCACUAUCUUUUGGACACUUUCUACUCCAACAAUGGAUGGAGUGGCAGUGCUAAUUCUCAUCAUAGUCAUGAACCCAAGCUUGAGGAUUUCCUCGGCGAUUCAUCGCCGAUGAUGCGAUAUUCCGACAGCCAAACAGAGACACAAGAUUCGUCUUUGACUCAUAUUUACGACCAUGCCUAUUUUGGGGACCAACAGGAUUUCAAAACCAUUGCGGCGUUUCAAGCUUUUUCCGGUAACUCUGGUUCAGAAGUAGAUGACUCUGUUUCCAUUACCAGAACCCAGAUCGCCGCUGCUGAGACCCCCACUGGUGCUCUGUCUCUUUCUGUCGUGCAGAGCUCCGACACGGCGUCGGCUGUUGUCGCUGUCGAUUCUGAUUCCUCCAAGAAAAUCGCCGAUACGUUUGGCCAACGAACUUCGAUUUAUAGAGGAGUCACUAGACAUAGAUGGACGGGGAGAUAUGAAGCGCAUCUAUGGGACAAUAGCUGUAGAAGAGAGGGUCAAGCUAGGAAAGGACGGCAAGUUUACUUAGGUGGAUAUGAUAAGGAGGACAAAGCAGCUAGGGCUUAUGAUUUGGCAGCUUUGAAGUACUGGGGUCCCACUGCUACCACCAAUUUUCCUGUUUCGAAUUACGCCAAAGAAUUGGACGAGAUGAAACAUGUCACGAAGCAAGAGUUUAUCGCUUCUUUGCGAAGAAAGAGCAGUGGUUUCUCGAGGGGUGCGUCGAUUUAUAGAGGUGUAACUAGGCAUCAUCAGCAGGGUCGAUGGCAGGCGAGAAUUGGCCGUGUUGCUGGGAACAAGGACCUGUAUCUCGGGACGUUUGCUACGGAAGAGGAAGCAGCUGAGGCUUACGACAUAGCAGCGAUCAAGUUCAGGGGUUUGAACGCUGUGACGAACUUCGAGAUGAGUCGUUACGACGUGGAAGCUAUUGCGAAAAGUGCGUUGCCAAUCGGGGGAGCAGCGAAGAGGCUGAAGCUUUGCCUGGAAACCGAGCAGAAGCCAAUUCUGAAUCAUGAUCAAGCCAUCCAGUGCAGCAAUGGAAACAACAAUAUGAACUUAGGCACUGCCAUCCAAGCUGUGCCUGUGCCAUCGAUCCCGUGCGGAAUUCCAUACGAUACCGCAGCUAUGCUGUAUCACCAUAAUUACUAUCAUCUUCAGCCUAACGCGAUCGGUUCCUCGGAGUCGACCAGCCCAUCCAUUGCAGCUCCGGUGAGUUUGGGACCUCAAGCAGCCGAGUUUUUUGUUUGGCCUCACCAGUCGUAUUAGAUUUUCCUUGUUUAGUGAUAGAUUGAUGCAAAUGCAUGCAGCUAAGCUAACAUUAGGACCCGACUAUUUUGUCGCCGCUGUUCGGGUGACUAUCAUGUAGUUCAACUCUUAACCCCUCUUGAGUAGGAAGAAAGCAAAGAAAGAGGUGUGGAGGGUUUUUUUUGGUAUGGAAACUAAACUGGAAGUUGAAUUUUGUAAAGCUUAGUGCUCACUUU